AACGAAACACGCAAAGCUGAAACUCCUGUCUGAGUCCUUUUCUUUUCCAUGUGAAAGUAAUUGGGAACGACACCCUCAGGGACUGUGCGGGAUUAACUGAAAUGGCGUCUACAACAGCAGGUAAAAUUUUGCUUAAAUUUGUUUAAUUCCUAAUAAAUACUUGGAGCAAUAGCAUUGAAAAAUAUCAAUCGUUCUAGCUCUAGAAUCCAAGUUUUCUUCGUGCGUUUGACUCUAUAUAUCGUGCAGAACGCCCAAAGAUAUUACAAAUAACUUGCGAAAAUUAUUUUUAUAAGAACGUAAAAUGAAUAAAUACUGCAUUCAUAUCCUUUUUAGUGAUGAUCAAGGAUAACGAUUUACGAGAAAAAAAGGUUUAAAUAGCCUUUUCCAAAAACUUGCCACAAGUUUUGUGGAUGGUGAGCAUGACUGGUUAGUCAUUCGUACCAAAUUGUGGCAUAAACAACCAUGAAAUACACUUAAAAAUCAGAAUGAUCAUGAUAGCUGUAGAUUUUUGUCAAUUUUAGAUUGUUUCAGGUUCAAAGCGAGUUUUGAUUUCACAGUAAUAAAACAAUUUCUUUUAUCUACCGGUAAAAUUAUUUGAUAUUAUGGAAAGACUGCAGUUAUCGAUCAGUGAUGCAGAAACGAAGGAAAGGGAAUAUUCACUCUUGCCUCCAAAAGAAUCAUAAGAAGGCUUAAUUUCAUUGACAAGUGAUCAUUUGAUGUAUGAAAAUUCUUUAGAAAACUCCAAAUGAAACUAAAAGAGUGACUCAUGUAAACACAGCUCGUUCAUUUUCGAUUUCAAUGUUGAUGCUUCAUUUGUUAGGCUUUCCUUUAAAGAAUUUCUUUGAUCUACUUGCAUGGCUAAAAAGAUGAGGGGCGAUGUGUUUCGCUUCUCUUGUCUCACAUGGAAGACCUCGAGUGAAUCUCAAAUGAUGUUAGCGCUUUUUGACAUCGGUCCAGUUAAUGCCUGGGAGAACAAUAUAUAAGAUGCUUCUUUAAAAAGUUGGCUUGCAAGAAUGGACAUGUAAGGGAUGAUUUUAAGCUAAGAGACAUGGAUUGUGUUGUGGUAUUCAUUCGACAGAAAAAAAGAAUGCCGGUAAAAUUCCCUACUCGAGGUCGUUAUUAUUUUAUUUUAACUCCUCUCUCCUUCUCUCCAAAUCACUGGUAUUUGAAUAGAGGCUACAGAAUCAUCUUUGGAAAUCGAGUUGACUAAGACAUCAACUCGCAAAGAUGGAACUAGAAAUUCAGAAGGAAAAAAACGUCGGCGGGUGAACACCAUCCACUUGUGGGAAUUUUUACUGGAUCUCCUGGCAAAUGAUGAUUUACGAACUAUAAUAUGCUGGAGUCGAAGAGAAUUCAAAGAAUUUAAACUGAAAAGACCCGAGGAGGUAUCAAGAAGAUGGGGUCUGGUUAAACGAAAGAAGGGAAUGAAUUAUGAGAAACUCAGUCGAGCAUUACGAUUCUAUUAUGGCCAAGGAAUCAUUCAAAAGGUUGGUACGGUCACCAAGUAUUGGCAGAUGACAAAUGUGCUAACUUGAUACUAUAAACGAUUAACUUAAAGCUUACCUACUGAGGGGAAACGGUUUCUUGUAUAUACCAAAACAAGCCACUGUAGACAGCAUUGCUUGUUUGUGCAUGAUUCUCAAGUGUAAUAGUGAUUAGCAUUUCUAUCCUCUAUUGUUGUUUCUGACCUUUUUUUUUUAUUAUGAUUGAAAUAUUUAUACAUUUAUUUCAAAAACACACAUCACAUAUGGUAUCAAUGAUACUUCCGUCCAGAAUGCACAAUACCAAUUGUUUCUUUUUAUACUACAACAUUGCUUACAAUACUAGAUUGGUAGUACCACCAACUCCAAUACCAGAGUCAACCCUAACACUAACAUUGCCUAUUUAAAAAGGCACAAUGAAGAUGUCAACCAUACAUUCAAUUAAGUUGCAUAUGAUUUAUAUAUCAUAAACAACCUUAAAUGUUGAGAUUACGUAAAAUUUCUUCAUGGAAAACAUAUUCUAUUAAUAAUAUAUUUAACAUUAAUAUAAUACAAUAAUUAUCUAUUAAGACAAAUUGCUGCCUGUUUCUUAUUGAACCUAAUUUCUUUGUAGUUCCUCGUAGAAAUUUACAUUUCUGUUUCAAAUUUUCAAAUUUCAUUUUGAUCUUAACCAUAAGUUCAGUAAAACUUGAAAAAAUUAAGAAAAUCAAUCCCACACACAUAAUAUACAUAAUUUGGCUAUCAAUACGAGAUAAUUCCUUGAUUCGCUUUUUUUGUCGUUGUUGAUGGGUCAAGUAAGUAAUGCGAUGUUUGAUUUUUUUUAAAGUUUUUAUUUUUAUUUUUUUCAAUAUAUUAUACUUACAUAUGUACUUACACUAUACUUACUUCUUACACGAUGCUUACACUACAUUAACUUGCACUACUUACAAUACAUAUAUUACAAUACAAUUACACCAGUCAAAUUGAAUUACAGUUGAUCUAUUUGCGUUAUUGUUUGCAUGUUAAUUAUUCCAGUCACUAAUAAGAAUUUUGUUUGUUAAUUAAACUACAUAGGGUAUUAAUUUUCUAGAAUUUAAUAGAUUAUUAAAUAAAUAGGUAGCGAAAACAAACAAAUCAAAAUACAAAAGUUGAGAAGAAAAAGGAUACAAUGCAAUUUUAUAAAGACAGAAAAUAUUCCAUUUGUUCCUGAAUUCCUUCUCCUUAUUACAAGUGACUGCAAUAUAUUAUUCUAGAUUAAUUUUUUCGCGCACAAGUGAGACAAAAUCAUCGAAUUGGUACGUUAUGGUAUUAAAAGCGUUAACAUGUAAGAAAUAUUUACCCAAAAUAACGAGAUGGUUGAGGGCUAAACAGCAGGUGUGACAGCGAAUAAUUCCGAACAUAACCUCUAGUUCUGGUGUUUAAUUUUUGUACUUUAUGACCUGUUGCACCUUUGUGAUUUCUACCUAUGUUUUAGCACAGGGCACAUGGUGCAUUUUAUUAUAUCAUAGCUUUAAAGGAUAGGAAUUUGGAAUAACCAGAGAAGCCCUCCUCCAGCCAGAUAAUUGGUUUGGCGGGAUACGGGAUGCGGGAUGCGGGAUGCGGGAUGCGGGAUGCGGGAUGCGGGAUGCAAGUCUGUACCUUCCUCUAUAACAAUCCACAUGAUUGUACGUCUGGCUUAUAUAUCUAUACAUUUUUUAUUUUUUUAUCUUUUUCAUGUUCUCCAGAUUCCUGGCCAACCUUUCACUUACAAGUUCGACAGGCUGCCUUACAAAUAUGAGCCAAGAGUCUCAAAGUCAAGUGAUCAAGAAAGCAAAACGAGUUCAUCCAACAGAGAACAAGAGAAAAUUUCAUCUGAUAAGUCUACAUUACAUAAAACUGGACAAUCCUCACUCUCGUCUUCAUCUGAGCAGUCAACACUUUCUCCUGCAGAGACUCCCCGGGGGAGAUGUACAUCCCCCUGUCUGGUAGCCAUACUUGCAGAGUCAGCACAAGCGAGCCGGGAGACAGUUGAAUAUUGUUCUCCUCAAGAAAGCAAUAUUUCAAGCUUCAGAAAAAAAAGAAAAAAGAUUGAAAGCUAUCGUCCCCAAAGUUGUCUAAAGCGAAAUCAAAUGAAUUCAACUAAGGCUACACCGGUCCCAGUAAUAAAACGAGUUGCCUCAUACAAUUGUCAAUGAACAAAUUUCUUAUCAUCAAAAUAGCUGCCUUUUUGUGAAUGAAAUUCAAGAUAAAGCUGAACAAACUAUCGCAUGUGGGAAAUAUCCAGGGUGAAAUAACAGUGUUAUAAACCGCAGCCAGGACUCAGUCUUUUAAAAGCUCGACAGUUUUGUCAGGUUGCAGAUUUCUUGGAUGUGAGAUGAACAUUUAUCAAUUUUGCUGUUGUUUUGUCGCAAACUCUCGUGGCCAAUCAAGCAACCAUUCGUUAAGUCUGUUAUGUACAGGUUUUAAACAUUCUUAUUUUCUCAUUUUGUAGGUUGCAGGCCAGAGAUUAGUGUACAAGUUUAACGAACUGCCAUAUAAGUGUGAACCCGGUGUAACGAGAUCUCUUUACCAAGGGAACAGAAUCAAGGCUUCCAUCCAAGAACCAACGAAAUCUAAAGAAGCCGACCCCACCCCUCCCAAGACAAAUACUAACACUUCACUGUCAGCUUUUACUCCAGUUCGAGGACAUCCCAAAAAGAGCUGGUCUUGGCCGCUUCUUUCCACGCCAUCGAAUCCUUUCGUUUUGUACCCAGGUUCCACUCCUAACACGCCUACAAUAUUUGACAGCUCUAAGACAAUAAUCGUAUUCCCGUUUGGUCCCAGUCCACCUAUGCACCAUACAUUACCGUUGCAUUUGAAACGGGAACACGAUGAACCUGUUGGUAAAAUGAUAACUGCAGAAGUUACUUCGAUUCCGGUCUCGAUCUUUCAGCGUGUCUAACGCACGUUGAUAUCGAGAUUUAGGACACACCUCACAGCUUUUUUUCCAUUAGAAAAAACAGGACUUAAAAACAGGACAACAUAUUUGAUUAUAACAGAUUAUUCAAUUACUUAUCCUGCUUUUAUAUUCGUUUAGUCUCCUCCACUUUGAAGUAGUCUGAAUAAUAGAAAAAUUGCCGCUAAGUUUUCCAGCUCGAUGGGAUAACAUCGAGCUGAAAAGAGUAAGUCAUCAUCUCAGGUUAUCCUUCCAAUACUUUAAGGCUGACCAAUAUUUUAUUCCAAAAGCGCUAUGGUUAAAAAGGUAUAUUUUCCCGUAAAAAAAGUAUGUUUUUUGAAAAGGUGUAGAAAGUAUUUUAGAUUUUGCGAUAAAAAGUCUGAAGAUGUAUUUUUUUUUGUAAAACUUAUUUUAAUUUUGCAAGUUAAAAGCCUUUUUUUUUUUUACACAAUGAUGUAAGAUGGAAAUAAAUUGAUAUGGUUUUUGACGUAUAUCUGCAAGUCUUCCCCUUGAAAGAACGUACCAGCGACGAAUAUAUCUCUGAUUUGAGUAACUCCUUCGCGGCCUAGAAGAAACCCCGAGGCGUUAUUGCCCAAAAAUGAUGCACGCGCAGAAACUAUUUGCUUUUUGCGUCCGCAGACAGAACUUCUUCCUAGGGUCAAUUGUGGUUAAGUGCAGGUCAUUUAUUUUAUGAUUCCUGGAGGCCGGAAGAACUCGUUCUGCAGUUGAGAUUUUAAAACGCGGGACCUUCUUUAACGGGUUUAACUUCUUUCCUGUACUUUUCGGUAAGAAGUCGGAAACAAAUUAGAGUUGAUGACAAAAGGCAAAAGCCUUUAACCUCUCACCGUUUUUAACCUUCUGAUUUAAUUCUGCCUUUAGGAAAAAUCGAUUAUAUAAAUACUUUAAAAUCCAUGAGCCGUUGUUAAAUAGCCUUUUAUACCAAAUUUACAACUAUAAUUAGCUUACACCGACACUCUUGGAAGAGUAACUUCCGGUUUUCGACAUCCGCUUUCUGCUUCAUUUUUUGUUUCUAUUUCUUUCUAAAAUUUUCCAAAUAUAUACUUUUUUGUCCCAGUGUUUUUCUUAAACCAAAUAUAGCGUGUCUGUGUUAAACACGUCACCUUUUCUGUUUCUUGUGUUAUAUUUCGCUCUCACAGGUCAAAUAUUCAGGCCUCAGUUGAUAGAAGCAAAACUCGAUCUCUUGUGCCCAAAAACACAAAAUUGUUGUAACCAGCUUUUCUGGGCGUUUUCUACCGUUCAAAAAUAUAAAUAAAUUAAAAAACACAGUGGAAAGUUUAACUUCCACUAACCGGAGGUGAAUCGGAGGUGAAGAUCACGACCUCCCUUUAGUAUAUUUGAUAUGGUGAGAUUUAACUCAAACUAAAUACGACUGCAUUUCCUUGCAGGACCCCAAGAAUUUUGAGCUUUGAAUUAAACGCCGCAACUGAGAAAAGACCUAUUGACCUUGUUUUGAAAGCUUCUUUUUUUCUUUUUUAUCCGUUUUUUUUAAUUUUUUUUUUGUAAAACAAAACCUAAAAACAAAACACAACCAAUUGCGUGACGGAACAGAACUUUUUUGGAUUGUCAUGCCUAUUGUGAUUUCAACCGGAAGAUGCCGAGAGGAAGUAAAUAUAAUUUUAUAUGAUUGAUAGAACUUCCCUUGCAGCUUUAGUCAUGCUUAAAUAAAGCCUCCAGGUGCAGCUAUCAUUAUGAGUGAGACCCAUGUAAAGUUAAAAGUCCUCCAGUUUUCUGUUGCAUUUCAAAUUGAAAGUGAUCGAAGAAGGACGCACUUCUGACUGAUUGACUCCCGCGCAAUAUGGCGUCGCAAACAGCAGGUAGAUCAUUCUUUUAUUUUCUUGAUUCUGUAUUUUAAAAUAAAAUUAUUCAGCCCAAGCCGUGGGUUUCUUAUGCCUAAAAUUUUAGAUGCAUCAAUUAAUUUUGAAAGGUUUUGUUCGGUUGCGUGAAUAGUAUUUUAUCUUUGACUCGGCAAUCAUGGUAUCGAGUACAACGCCUGACGAGCGACGAGUUGUCCAAAAAUUAUUAUUUUGCGAACUGAUCACCCAAGAACAACAAGCGAACUUACUUUCUACAAAUGGAGAUCCUUUUCGAUGCUAAAAAAGUAUCUGUAAAACGAUUAAUGACAAAAAACAACUAGAUACUUUGAAACAGCUUUUCUCGGCAACUGGCUAGUGCGGCGUGGGUACACGCGACUGUUUGCUAUGAUAUCAUAAUGACAAAUGUCGGUAACCACAACCAAGAGAAGAUAUUUCUAGAAUUUAGAACAGAGAGAGAGCUGUUGCUUCCAAUUCGUGUCAUCUCCUCGUUUCUUUUAAAAUUAAUUUGAAGUUUUGGAGGCUCACAAGAGACAACUGACAAAGAAUCGCGAAGCCGUAUCUUGAGUUAAGCGACGCGACAGUUCUCAGUCAUCAUUUAUAUAAUUUGCUUGUUGAAUUGUGUCACUCACGAGCGACACAAUUUUUUUCUUUGAGCUGUGAACAGAUAAGAGGCUAGAGCUUUUUAUUUGGGAAUCACCCCGACACAAGUCAAAAUAAAACUUGAAUUUUUAGAGCAUCACCCAAACGUAUAGAGAAUGAUGCACUUUGCCGAGUUCAGCGAAGUGAGAGCCAACAGUUCUAGUUUCCAUCAAAAUUUACAAUGUUCUCUCGUUCAUUUUUUAAGUAAAUUACAAUCAUUACCAAAGAUCUAAUGGCCAGUUUCUCAGAAUUUAAUGAUCACUAAUGCAAAUCUAGUUUUCAAACUAAGGAUUCUCGAUCGUCUGGUAAGACUCAAGAAUCUAAGCCGGCAAUCCAUAGGAAAAAAGUGUUAGUUCGCAGCUCGACUAUCUUUACUGAAGUUUGUUCACUGUCAAUGGGUGUGAUCGAUGGCUAAUGAAAGAAUAUUAUUCUGAGAAACUGAGGCGUUUGACCACAGUUCCAAAACUCAGAGAGAAACAAAGAAAAUUGAGACAUUAUCAGUCUUGUGCACAAGUAACUGGAGGAUAAGCCUCUAGAGACUUAUUUAUUGUAGAUAGGAACUCUUUCCAGAGGAAACUGAAAGCAUGACUCAUACGAAGAACUCUUGUUUCAGUUCACAUAGUGAUUGUGCAGCCCUCGUGCGAAGAAAGAUUUAGAUAUUUUGGUAGAGUUGAUAAGUAUUUCAUUUUGUGUCAUCCAUUAUUCGUGUUUUUAGGAGGCUCGAUUGUGCAAUAAACAAAAGUAUAACUGUGAUGAAGAGCAUUAAUAGUUAAGUUUUGAAGAGCAUCCAUAUGUUUCGUUGGAUUAUCCUUAAUCAUGUUGUCAUGUUUUAGGUUCUGUGUCCUAGGAAAUAUUCAAAGCUUAGAAAAGGCGUUCACGAAGAGCUAUAUCCUCUACUGUUGAGGAACAGCUGCAGCAAGAGCAAAUGGGGUCUUUAGAAAGAAAAUCGUUUGCAAUAGGAGCAAAUCUAAAUCAGCUUACGUUUUCUUUGUAAGUUUUAACAAUUUUGUGGGGGCAUAGAAUAACCAUAAUUUUUCUUUAAGUUAAUUAGAGAAAGCGUUUGGUGUUGUGCAGGCCAUCAUGAGUUGAAAAGGUAAAUAUUGUUGUUAUUGAUCAAAGCGAACUGAGUUGUUUAUCGAUAAGAACUCUGUCAGAAGCAUAAUAGUCGUUUAUCUCCUGCAAUGAAGACACUUGCUGUGAAGAUAUUGAUGAUAAUAAUUGCUUUAUGAACGAAUAAAAUUUUUACAGCAAUAACAUAGUUAUUUUCAAGUCUACCACUGAUAUCUACACUAUAAUCUUAUGAGUGUGCAAUUUAACUCAAUAAUCUAUUGAAACCUACAUUAUCUGAAAUACAUGAUUCGCCUACUGAGUCAAAUAAAUUUUCGGCGGAAAUUCAAAGUUAGAUUCAACGCAAGCUUAACGACACAUCUAUUGUAAUUAGUUAAUUUUAGUUCCCUCCAACAGGUGUAAAACUGCGUCAAUUGUCAGCUUAAGUCGUUGUAACUCUUUCAUUCAAGCAUAUGGCUCUUAACUGUAUAUUCAGGGCUUUUAGUGCAAACUUUGAAGUAGUUGGGUUGUCAGGAAACUUGUACCCUCUUUAACCGGAGAAAACGUGGUCAGCGUUUGCUUUGAAAGAACUUUGAGCUGCUCUCCGUCAAAUUUCAAGGCAGAUGAGAUCUUACUUCCCAUCUUUGAUUAAGAGGACGGAAGGACUAGGUUUUGAGCUUUCACAGUUAUUUACUAAGGGCUUGUCAUAGGGAUAAAUGUUACGCCAGCAGAAAGGGUUGUAGAUGCUUUGUACUUUAGAACGUAUUUAACUCAGUUUUAGUGUUUAUUUGAAGCAUCAAGCUUUUAAAAGUUGGUGUUAAGAUUCAAAAGGUGACAAAUUGUUUGAUGUUAAAACUAAUGAGUCCUUCGUUCUCUUUUCUCUUUCACGAAACCACUGUUAUGAAAGUAGAGACUACGGUGACGGAUUUAGGAAUCGAGGUGAUAAACAAAUCAAACGAUGGAGGUAGAAAUCCAGAAGUUAAAAAAUAUCGUCGCAAGAACAUUAUCCACUUGUGGGAAUUUUUGUUGGAGCUUCUCGCCAACGACAACUUGUGUACGAUAAUCUGCUGGAGUAGGAAAGAGUUCAAAGAGUUUCAGCUCAAAAGACCCGAGGAAGUGGCAAAAAGAUGGGGUCUGCUAAGAAGAAGGAGGAAAGGAAUGAAUUAUGAGAAACUUAGUAGGGCUUUGCGAUUCUAUUAUGGUCAGGGAAUAAUUCAAAAGGUUAGU